AUGGCAAAUGCAAUUCAAUCUCAGACCAACAUCACUGUUGGACAAGGAUUACUGGAAAGAGCGUUAUUUUGUACUCUUACUACAGUGCCAUGCUGUGUGUUUCUCUUCAUUAAUGGGACCAUGUUAUUCACCUUGAGGAGUAAAACUGUGUUUUGUGAGACCUCACGUUACAUUCUUCUGUUUAACCUCCUUAUUGCAGACACUGUACAGCUGGCACUGAGUCAGUUACUGUACAUACUGGCUGCUUGUAGAAUAAGGCUGAUGUAUCCUUUAUGUGGUGUUCUCACCAUGCUUUCUGAUCUAACAAAUGAAAUCUCUCCUCUCACACUGGUGGUGAUGUCUCUGGAGAGAUAUGUAGCUGUGUGCUACCCACUGAGGCACUCUACCAUCAUCACCAUCAGAAACACUGAAGUGGCUAUCAUUGUGGUUUGGGUUUUCAGUUCACUAAAUGUCCUCACAAAAGUUAUUUUACUGUUAGAUUUUCCAUUUGAAAACCUGGAGAGCCUGCAAAUGAAAUAUUUUUGUGCUAGAGAAAACAUGCUACUUGGCCGGAUGUCUGACAAUUAUGACAAAGCGUUCACCUAUUUUCUGUUUGUAUCAGCGGGUGUGGCAGUCACUUCCUCCUAUAUUGGUGUGAUGAUAGCAGCCAGGUCAGCUUCCACAGACAAAGCCUCAUCCCGAAAAGCUCGUAACACACUACUGCUGCAUCUGGGGCAGCUGGGCCUCAGUCUCUCCUCAACCAUACACAACCCAUUGCUUAUAGCUAUGUCAAAGGUCCUAGACAGAAUUAUAUUAGUGCGCAUCCAAAUUUUCCUUUAUGUGUGUAUUAUCAUUUUCCCAAGAUGUCUGAGUUCUCUCAUCUAUGGAAUCAGAGACCAGACCAUCAGGCCUAUCCUUAUAUACAAUCUUUGCUGUCAGUGGAGACACUCACUUUCCCUCUCAGUCAUCUCAACCAAGGCAAAAAUCUGCAUGCAUACUUCAUAG